AUGGCGUCACUCAUAAUCGGAGCUCCACAACCAUAUGCAGCAUCACCAUCGUCAUCUACAUCCUCAAAAACCUUCGGUUACAGGUACGAUUGUUCUCAAGGGUUAUGUUCAAUCAAUUGUCCACAAUACUGCAUCAUUCUUCCACCACCACCGCCAUUUUUUGAUUUGAAUGAUGAAGAUAAUUCUCAAUCGUCUCGUAUUUCUCCAUUGAUGGCGACUUUAAUCGCCGUUCUCGCCGCCGCUUUUCUUCUUCUUUUUUACUUCACAGUCAUAUCUAGACUCUGCCGUAACCGCCGUAAUCGCCGCCGUAAUUCGCGCUUUCUUGAAUCAGAUAAUACCGACCCGUUAUCUUCAAGAAUCGACUCACUCAUCCAUGACCCGACCAGACCCGAAUCCGGUACUGCCGGGCUUGACGAAGCAUUUAUCCGGCAAAUAACUAUUUUCAAAUACAAGAAAGAAGAUAAGUUAAUCGACGGUACAGAAUGCGCCGUGUGUCUCAAUGAGUUUAAUGAAAAUGAGAAUCUACGAUUGAUGCCGAAUUGUGAACAUGCUUUUCAUAUUCCUUGUAUUGAUACUUGGCUUAAAACUCACUCUAAUUGCCCACUUUGUCGGGCUAGUAUGAACCCGGGUCCGCCUGUGAGAUCAAGUUCGGUUCCGGGUGGUGGUGCUAAUAGUGUUAGUGUUGCUGCUUUACGGGUUGAACGGAAUACACAUGACUCCGUUUUGGUGAUCCAUGAAUUGGAAAAUCGGGUUCAAGUAGUUGAGACAUCUACUCUACAAGUUGAGGAUUUGGAAGAGAGGGAAACUAAAUUAGAAAGUAAUAAUAAUAAUGAUAACAAUAACAAUAAUUUGUCAUGA